UUUUGAUAUUCCGCCUGAUUCAAACUUCCGCCGUGGUGUCUGUAUUGUUGUCAUCGAUCUUCUGCUAUUUCUGCAAAUUUAGAGUUUUAUUACGGCUAGGUUUCGGCUUUUAUUCGUUUAGUAGUUUUUACAUUUCGUUGUAAAGUCUUUUAAAGUGGCAUAAUUCGCAGAGAUGGAAGAAAAUGAAGAAUUUGGCGGAAGGACGAUUGAAAACCCGAAGAAGAAGCUACGCAGGAUUUCUUCGAGGACGUCUACAACCAGCGUCAUCAGCGCUGCCGAGCCCUCUCCUCAAAGUCUGCGGAGAAAUAACUCAAAGAAACCACCUCUGCAGAGAGGCAGCUCCUUCACCUUCCUCACUCCAGGGACCCCAUGGGAUUUCACUUUAAAAAGGAAGCGUAAAGAAAAGGAGGAUGACACCAUCAGUCUCUCCAGCUUCGACCUAAAGGAACCCAGUAGCAAACGCGUGCGACCACUGGCCAAAGUUUCCUCCCUCGUCAACCUGAUGUCUCCCUCGAAACAUGGAGCUGUGCGGCGUUUCGGCCACACAAUCCAGUCAAUGUCUUUACGCAGCGACAUGAAGUCACCGGCGAUGACUCGCAGAGCUACCAGCAAGGCUUCAGGUCCGACUCCCUCCAAACGCAGGAACAGCACUCUGUGGUCCGAGACGCUGGACGUCCAUCAGAAGAACACUUUCUCUACUAAAGAGAUCAAAAGACAGGAGGCAAUUUACGAGCUCUUCAGGGGAGAGCAGGAUCUCAUCGAGGAUCUUCAGCUUGCACGAAAGGCGUACCACGAUUCGAUGCUGAAGCUCUGCAUCAUGACAGAGGAGGAGCUGGCUCACAUAUUUGGUGAUCUGGAUGCCUACAUCCCCUUACAUGAGUACUUGCUCAUGAAGCUAACAGAAGGAACUGGGCCUGACGGAACAGUAGCUCAGGUCGGACACAUCAUAAUAGACUGGCUGCCUGGUCUGAAUGCUUACAAAACUUACUGCAGCAACCAGCUGGCAGCCAAGGCCCUGCUGGACCAGAAGAAGCAGGACAGGCGGGUGCAGGACUUCCUGCAGCGCUGUUUGGAGUCGCCCUUCAGCAGGAAGUUGGACCUGUGGAGCUUCCUGGACAUCCCGCGGUCACGCCUGGUGAAGUACCCGCUGCUGCUGCGAGAGAUCCUCAGACACACGCCACCCGACCACCCCGACAUAGCCAACCUGGAGAGAGCCAUCACUAUAAUCCAGGACAUUUUGUCUGAUAUUAAUGUGAGAAAAGGCGAGUCUGAGUGCCAGUAUUAUAUAGACAAACUGGAGUUUCUGGAUGAUAAGCAGCGGGACCCUCUCCUAGACAAAUGUAAGACCCUACUUUGUCACGGCGAGCUGCGCACAAAGAGUGGUUUGAGACUGCACGUGUUCCUCUUCUCUGAGCUCCUGGUUCUGACCCGGCCCGUGACCCGUAACGACAGGAGCUGCUUCCAGGUGUACCGACAGCCCAUCCCGGUGAGAAACCUGGCUCUGGAGGACCUCCAGGACGGAGAGGUCCGCACGGGGGGGUCCUUCAGGGGAGCGUUCACCAAUGGAGAGAAAGCUAAGAACGUUUUCCGUGUGAGUUCGACGGAUCCGACCCACAGCCAGUCCCACACCCUGCACGUCAGCGACGUCUACCACAAGCAGCAGUGGCUCAACUGCCUACGCUCGGCCAUGGCCCAACAGCAGGGGGCUCCGGUCAGAGCUCAACAGGGCGAGCCCAUCCGGACCAAACGGCGCUCUUCUUCCAUGUCAGCAAAGCUCUGCGACGAAGAGACGGACGAGAACUGUCCACCUGUCUCUGGCCCUAAGCUCAGGCCUCAGACGCUCUCCAAAACCAGACUGGGCCAGACGUUACCAGGGUCACAAAGGAGGAAGGAAACUGGAGUGUAGACGCACAACCAGGACUCCUCUCUGACGGACACAUCCUCUGUGUCCUGUGAUCAUGUUUGUUACUCUUAUCAUGUUGUGUUUUUAGCUGCACUGAUGAACCCUCCCCAUCAUCUCCGUCCAGAUGUUCAUCAUCUUGCCUUUCUUCAAAAUUAAACUUGUUUACAAAAAACAAA